AUGACGGAGCAGAAUUUAGCUGUCGCCGACAUUUGUUACGCUGAUUUGAUAAAAAAGAAACACGAACAGAAAAUCGAUAAAAACGGAAAAAACGAUCUGAAAAGGCACGCGAUUUCGAUUGAGGUAAUCGAAAAAGUACAAUCGAACAUCGAUAUAAGCAUAGACAAUGACACAGAUAAAACGAUACGUUUGGAGUUGAGAAAUCCGGAAAAUGAAUGUAUUGUAAAAAAAUUUAAACUUAACGAAAAGUCUGAUGAUGCGGAUAAGAAUGUAUUGUUGGAUAACAGUGAACUAUCGAAAUAUAUUAAGGACAAUGAUAGUUUAAUUAUAAACGGUGAAUGUGAUACGAAUGGAAUUGAGUCUAGUAUAGAGUAUUUAAAUGGAGAUGGGGAAAAAGAGCGCCUCGGCGGUGGCGGGCUAGGGCUCGCGGGGGGCGGGUUCCGUGGUGGAGGGCAGCCUUCCCUCGCGGACUUCCAGCCACCUUACUUCCCGCCGCCGUUUGCCCCUUCUGCCCAUCCAGCAACACCUCAUCAACAACAGGGUCAUGGCAUGGAAUACGGCAGCAGUGGUGGUGGGGAAUAUGGCCAACACUAUGCCCCCCAGCAGCUGUUACCACGACACCAUGGUCACCACGAGCCACAUGGUCACUUGCGGCAUCAUCGCGAUCACCAUGAUAUUCACUCGCACCACUUGUCACAUGGAGGCUUCAGCUACAGCGGCAGCGAUAGAAGGUCAGACUACGGAGUACGGGAACAGCAUGAAUUGGCGCUUCAUCAUGCACUACACUCCACGGACGAAACUCAGGUGCGCAUGAGUUGCGAUAUAAGACUGUUACAAUUACUCUGUAAAACGUAA